CGCGCCGCUCCGAAACUGAAAACCGGACGAGUCCCCAUCUCGGGCGGCAUCUCAUCUCUCUUCCCCAUCUCCGGCUUCCCCCAUGUGGCUGCCCUGGGUCAAGACGCGCUCCACCUCCCCCACCACCUCCUCCUCCUCCUCCACCUCCACCUGCUCCUCCACGGCGCUCACCGCCGCCUCGCCGCGCCUCUCCUUCAACUCGCCCUCCCUCAAGGACCUCCAGGCCCUCCUCCGCUCCGACCCCGCCGCGCCCUCCCCUUCCCCGCCGCACACGGCCCCGCGCUCCGCCCGCGUCUUCCACCGCGUCCGCGUGGCCGCCUCCGCCCUCCGCGCGCUCCGCACCCUCCAGGCGCCGCCGCCCGCGGCCGAGGCCGACCGCCGCGUCGUGCUCUACUACACCUCCCUCCACGUCAUCCGGGGCACCUACGAGGACUGCCGCGCCGCGCGCGCCAUCCUGCGGGGGCUCCGCGCCUCCGUCGACGAGCGCGACCUCGCCAUGGACGCGCGCUACCUCGAGGAGCUCACGGCCCUCCUCCCGCGCGCCCGCCGGAUCACGCUCCCGCAGGUCUUCGUCGGCGGCCGCCACCUCGGCGGCGCCGAGGAGCUCCGCCGCCUGCACGAGUCGGGCGAGCUCCGGCGCGUCGUGGCCGGCGCCGCGUCCCUCGCCGCCUGCGGCCGCUGCGGCGGCGAGCGCUACGUCCUGUGCGGCAGCUGCGACGGGAGCCACAAGCGGUACAGCCUCAAGGGCGGCGGCGGGUUCCGCACCUGCGCCGGCUGCAACGAGAACGGCCUCGUCCGCUGCCCGGACUGCUCGCCGCCGGUCGUCUGAUCCAGAUUCAAAAAGGUUCCAAUCCGCCGAUGACUUGUGUACUACUCAGUAGUCAGUAGUAGUAGAUUUUUAAUUUCGUAGCGGGUACCAAAAAUCGGGAUAAGAAAUGGGGCUCUGUGUGUAGUCUUUACUACUACUACUCUACAUGAUUUAGUGUAACUGGUGUCUGAUCUGAUACAGUACCGUGUGAUGAAUUGGGAGUUGCAAGUUUUCAGCAUUUCCAAACCAAA